AUGGAAAAGGACACUAUUGCCACUUAUAAAAUCGUCUUAGUCGGAGAUACAAGCGUUGGUAAAACCCAUUUACUGAAGAGAUACUCUAAAAACGAAUUACCUAAAAACUCUGCUCCAACUAUUGGUGUUGAAUUUGGCACAAAGGAAGUAACUCUUAAGGAUGGUACUAAAGUUAAGGCAUAAAUUUGGGAUACAGCUGGUUAAGAAAGAUAUAGAGGAAUCUUGAGUCUCCAUUUCAGAAGAGCUGUUGGAGCUUUACUUGUUUAUGAUAUCACUAAAGAAAAGACCUACAAUUCUAUAAUGAAAUGGAUGGAAGAUUUGAAGUAUUUAGCCGAUCCAGAUAUUGUUAUUAUGCUUGUAGGAAAUAAACUUGAUUUAGUUACAAAGACCUAAGAAAAUCGUAAAGUUUCAAUCGCUGAAGCUUAACAAUUUGCCCUUGAUAAUAAACUUAUUUUUAAAGAAACAUCUGCUGUAUUAGGAACUAAUAUUAAGGAAGUCUUUGAAUAACUCCUUUAAGAAAUAUACAAUUAAAAGAAAAAGAAUCCUUAACCUUAGAUACCUAACAAUAAUAUAAAAGAUUUAACAAGUACUUAAAGACAAAAUGAUGAUUGUGCUUGCUGA